AUGAGCAUCGCUCCCAUAGAAGAUCUGCCUCGGUCGUGCUACUACAUCCACAGUUUCAUUACGGCCACCGAAGAAGAGCAGAUCAUCAACGAGAUCCGAAGACUGCCCGAAUCGCGCUGGACCAUCCUCUCUCACCGGAGACUGCUUUCCCUCCCAGGUACUCUGACGGGUUCCUCGCGCGAUACUCUGAUCGAGACACCUUUGCCUUCUUUCCUAAGCUCCGUUGUUGCGCGGCUCAAAGACCAGAAGUUCUUCGACCAGUCUCCACACCAGGUUCCCAACCAUGUCCUGAUCAACGAAUACAAGCCAGGCGAAGGAAUCAUGCCUCACGAGGAUGGCCCGGCGUACAGUCCAAUCACAGCGACAAUCAGCUUGGGCAGCCAUACGGUCCUAGAAAUCUACAAGAAGAAUGAACAAGGGGAGCGCGAGCCGAAACCUACCCGGCGCAUCCUGCAAGAACCUCGAAGCCUGCUGGUCACUACCGGCGAUAUGUAUUUGCACACCCUGCACGGCAUUUCCGAGAUAGCAACAGAUGAGAAUCUGAACGAGCAAGCCAUCGUCAACUGGAGCCUUCUGGGAAACAAGGAACUCUAUGAAUCUGGCGCGGCGGAAAGACAGACCCGGAUAAGUCUGACACUACGCGAUGUUAUCAAGGUUGCCAAACUCGGAGGUGCCAUGAAAUUCAUCAACAGAAGAUCAUGA